GGCCACGGUGCUAGUGAUAUCUCCAUUAGGUGACGUGCAGUCGCGAGAGCAGAUUAUAUACAUAUUCUUCUUGCAAAUGGCAGUAGGUGCUAUGCCUGCUGCCACGAACAGAGCCUAUGGAGUGAUGAAGAUUCCUGAAAUCAUCCAUAAUGAGCCUCCGCGACUGCUCGUCCUCUUCGACACUGGUGAAGAUGAAAUCACGAGCACGGUCGCAGAUGUCUUGGGUUGUACCUAUGCUCUGGCACACCAGCUCGAGAGUGCUCAGGACUGGUCCGAGGAGGUCGUGGUGCUGGGGGUGGAGAGUGGCAGCAUCAUGGCGACGGAUGCGUUGCGAGACAUGGGUCGAACAGUGAUUGCUACGCACUGCGUCGAUACCUGUAGACAGGAAGGGAGUGACGAAUCUCUGACGGACUGCUGUGACUACGAAUAUCUCUACACGAAAACGGCCCUCAUCCGACAUGAUCUCGCCCGGUUCCUGGCUUUUGUGCUGGGGCAGUACAAGCCGCACGAAGAGUUGAGAAAGAAGGCCAGGACGACCAUGCUUUCGACGACCUUCUCAGACAUUCGCGCCGCUCUGCCCAACAUGGGCAUUCUUUCUGUAGGCGCAGAUGCUGUGGAGCUUCGGGUGGACCUCUUGCGAGAGCCGGGCGGCGACAAGGCUCAUUUCGAAGCCGUGCCAGGCCUCCAGUAUGUGGGCGAACAGGUGAUGUUGCUCCGACAGCGAACAGAACUUCCCAUUGUCUUCACGACGAGAUGUACCAGAGAAAAUGGCCGAUUUCCCAUGGAGGACCCGGAAUUGUACUACACUUACCUCCGCAAAGCCAUCCAGUGGGGUUGCGAGUAUAUCGACGUGGAAUUAUGGCUUCCCGAAGACAUUAGGCGGAAACUCGCUGCGGAGAAAGGACAUAGCAAGAUCAUAUCUGCCUGGCACGACUUCUCUGGCCGAUUCAAAUGGACCUCGCCCGUCGCGCACAGCAUCUUUCACGAGAGCGCACUCUACGGCGACAUUGUUAAGAUGAUUGCUCUGGUCAGUGACGUCGAGGACAAUUACGAACUGGAGUUCUUCCGUCACAGUGUCCAAGGCCCCUCGUUUCCGCUCUUCUCGGGCUUGAAUAUGAGUGCCGCUGGCCAGCUUUCGCGCACUCUGAACAGAGUGUUUACGCCAAUUACACAUCCGCUCAUGCCCAUGAUUGCUGCUCCCGGUCAACUCAGCGCCGCAGAGAUCAAUUCCAUGCUGCAAUCUCUCGGGCAAAAGCCCGAAUUGGAGGUCUAUGCAGUGGGCCGCGUACUGGACAAUGGUCAUGCCAAAUUCCUCGAAAAGUGUCUCAAUGAAGUCAGCCUCCCUCAUCGUCUCCUCUGCGUCGAUCAACCACAGACAUGCUCCAUCCAAUCAUACAUUGCAAAAGCGCAAUUUGGUGGUGCAUACAUUAACCCACCACUGCCAGUCGAGUUUGCACCAUACUUACCCACACUCACCGAAGCCGCCUCAACAAUCGGACAAGUCGACUCCAUCUUUGUCCAAACAACAGUCAACAAUGGCCGAACCCUAAUCGCAGACAACGUCACCUGGAAAGGUAUCCGAGCCACAUUAACAAAAGAUUUCAUCCCCAGUGCAUUUCCCGGCCGCUCCGCAAUUGUCCUCGCGAGCUCGGAAGCUCAGGCCGCCGCGGCCAUGUAUGCAUUGACGAGUUUGCAUGUUGCAGCUAUUUACACUAUUGGUUUCCAAACUGCUGGUCAUAAGCAACUGCAGGGACUCGGAGAUUUGGAUCUCGUUCAUGAACCUCUCGUGGUCAUUUCUGCGCUGUCGGUUGAGCGUUCUAUGGCUGCGGUGCCGGUUUUGAAACAUUAUACGAGAACUCUUCAUCACCAUCGUCAUGACACGCAGUGCAUCUCAUCUAAAGGGAAGAUUUUCAUUGAUCUCGCACAUGGAGCUGUCCUCCACCAGAGCAGCAAUGGCAAUGGCAAUGGCAAUAACAAUGGCAAUAACAAUACAAUCUCAAUCGCAGAAACUCUCGGUUGGAAAACUUUUACGUACGCCGACUGUAUUGCGUGGACGAUUGGAGAGGCGUUUCGCGGUCUUGUGGGUGAGAAUGUUUCGUGUGAUUUUGUGAGAUUGGCUGCUGGUAGGGGGUUGUAUAUGUGAAGCUACAGUAAGGUAAGGUGCCUUAAGGUGAUGGUACGGUAUUGUUUCCUUACCUGAGGUACGUGUAUGUAGUGGUUCGUUUACAGUGGCGUUUGAGAAGGGAGUGGAAGGGUUUGUUUGUUUGUUUGGUGAAAGAGUGGUAAUGAUUGAAUUGAAUUGAUUGAAUUGAUUUGAAACGACUCAAACGAAUGGGAAGUACCUACCUUAUAUACC